AUGACCACGAGCCUACCCCCGAGAGGUCCCUCUCCAUUCAACCCUGGAGCAACGACGUCACAACCAAAAACCUCCAACGUCUCCUUCGCAUCCUCGCAACCCGGUCGAACGAAGUCGCGAACAGAGAAUCGAAGGAACACAGCUGAUUCGGAGUCCAAUGACACAUCUGGUGACAGAAGUACCGUCGCGCUAAUUCGGCGUGUUCUUUGUCCUGAUGUCUCCACAUAUGGAUCGAGCGCACCCCGACCCUUGCAAGAGCUCCUACCACCCUUGACCAGUUCCAACGAUGUGGAUUUGCAAUUGUACGCUCUGACUGCGGUCAUUAUCAAGGAAUUUGUCUAUUCAUGGUAUGCAAGGAUUACACCAGAUCACUUCUUUGUCGACGAAGUCUUGCAACUGAUUGCACACUGCACGCGGGCCUUGGAACAAAGACUUCGGCGGGUGGACGUUGGGCAGCUCGUCUUGGACGAAGUCACUGGACUGGUUCACGCUCAUAUUACCGCAUACCGAAUCGCGACACAGGGCUCCGACUUGGUUGCAGUGAAGCCAUCUGCUCGUGAGAUAUACCACCAUCUUAACCCACACCCAGGACUCUCACCAGUGCCAAAUGUAUCGACACCAUCACGAUCAUCGGAGCAACAGAAUAAUGAGAAUUUGUACCGUCACUUGCUGGCACAAGGCGUGUUGGCGGUGCUAUUGCCGACUGAAGAUUUGGAAAAUGUGUGUUUGAGAACACUUGUCGAAGAUGUUCUGUCCGAUCUGAUCUUGGGCAACCAAGUUAGUGGGAGGAUAUGUGAGGGCUGGUUUAUCUGGACCGCAAUUAGCAAGGUCAUUACUAUGGCGAAACAGCGGGAUUCUGUGACCACAGUGACUGUAGGGCAGAGCCUGGAUGCCGUAGCGGACUUGAACCGCCUGGAACGAUUUGGUCUUCUGUCAGAGGACGGAAACGAAGACAGAAAUGCCCAGAAGCAUAGGCGGUCCACGGCUUCGCUAUGGCUAUGGAAGAUACUAUAUUCCGUCUACCUCACAUAUGUUACGAUGCGUUUUGUCAUCGGUGGAUUGCUACAUACUGCAUUAUCCAAUCCAGUGUUUGAUAUCCCAAUCAUUGGGGGUACCACAGAGAAUGCCAUGGCUAAAUGGUUCGCUCUCGUUGAUUCAGAGUUUGUUUCUGGCAGGUCCUGGCAAGAUAGUAACGACGUAUCUCCUUCCUUUCAGCAACCACAGCAGGGGCAACCUUUGAACGGCACAGACCACCAGACAGUUAUUGAUAACUCUGAUAUUAAGGAUGCAUCUACCCCAGCUCCGGGAGGCAAUACUCCUUCCCCGUCUGAGAUUGCUGUUAUCAAACGUCAAUGCGCCACGGAUAUAUUGUCACUAAUUCCGGAGUCUGUCGCUCGAGCCUUUUUCCGUGGCAAUGCCGAAAAUCAAGUCAAUGACUAUCGCCCUCAUGAUAGGAACGAAAGUAGUCAUAAUGAGACAUCACCUUUUACUAGCAAAGGCUCGUCACAGAGCUCGACAGCUGAUACGGAAGACCUUCUGGAGACUAUAGAAAGUGAUUUACUAGACCCAUUCUCCGAUGCAUACUGCAACAAACAUCUCAUCUAUGCCAUUGUCGAGUUGGUGUUGAUCAAACUGAUUCCAGAGUUGUCAGAGCAGAGCGUGAGUAGUCUCAUGGAAGAGCGUGGGAUUGUAAAGUGA